AAUGAGGAACCCAAAUUUGUUCAAUAUCACAGGAAAGUCUUUAAUGAAAACUAACCAUCCAAGGAUUUGGUGGGAAUAUAUGGGUGGUUGUCUUCCUGUGGUUCAGAAGGUUGCUUGCAGAAUCUUAAGCCAACCUUGUAGUUCCUCUCCUUGCGAGAGGAAUUGGAGUGCUUGGGACGCUGCACAAACAAAGAAGAGGAACAGGUUAACUCCAGAAAUGUUAGAAGAUUUGGUAUACAUUAGAAUGAAUUCUUUGAUGAAGGAGAAGUAUGAAAGCCGAGCAAUUCAGGAUACAAAACCUAUUGACCUAGAGAAACUUGGUGAUUUGCCUGAUGUAAACAUUGAGUUGGAGACAGAGAGACUUGAAGAGACAUAUGUUGAACCUAUUCAUGAUCAACCUAAUUCUAUAUUAUGAUACACUUGUGCUUUUUUUUUUAAUGAAAUGGGAUGAUGUAAUUUGGAUGAUACAUUUUGGAUUAUGUAGUUUGGAUGAUGAUUUUGGAUAUUUAAAUGAUGUAUUUUGGAUAUUUGAAUGGUGUAUUUUGGAUCUUAUAUUAAUCUUUGGAUGGAUAUAUUUUUGAUGUUA